AUGCCAUCUAAUGUUACGUCACAGUCAACUCCAAUAUUGUUGGUUUGUGGACUCCUGAUCUAUAUUCUCGCUACGGGCGUGUGCAAGAUCCUCGACGGAUUACUUAGAACUCAAAGACAAGAUGUGGAGAAGCUCUUUCGAUUGGCGCGAAGUCUACCGGGUGUGCGGAAUCUCGUGGCGCGUUCUAAAGAGAAAAUACUAUCAGAAGUUGAAAGUGGUUUGAAGUCAGGAGUUUUGCCGGUACACAGGACUCAAGACUUGCCAUGCGAGGGUCAAUCUAUUCAUGAGAUUCUAAAACAAGCAGAUAAACUCAAAGGACACGACUGUAAGCACUUGUUUCACACCUCAAAAAUGACCGGCACAGUAUACGCAACGGAGCUCACCCAUCGCGAGCUCUGCAAUUCGAUGUACUGUAAUUUCGCCCAUACGAAUCCACUUCAUGGUGAUGCGUUCCCUAGCGUCGCACGAAUGGAGUCUGAAGUUGUCAGUAUGACCAGCAUGUUGGUGUCGAAUGAUAGCAAUUCAGAAAUUUGUGGUGCUGUGACAUCAGGUGGCACAGAAAGCAUUCUUACGGCAAUCAGGGCUUCUCGUGAUUUUAUGUGCUACAGCAAGCAUAUCUCUCGACCAGAAAUUUUUUAUAGGAUCGUGUCAGUUUCUGCGCACGCUGCAGUGUACAAGGCAGCUGAAUAUUUCAAAAUAAACAUCGUGCGCGUUCCCACAGAUGAACAUGGUCAAAUGAACGUGGCUGCUGUAAAACGUGCACUCAGUCGUCGGACAAUUUUGAUAUACGCAUCAGCCCCAACUUACCCUCAUGGGGUGAUAGAUCCGAUCGAGGAGCUCUCUGAUAUAGCACUAGGUCAAAGGUGUUGCUUACACGUUGAUGCUUGUUUGGGGGGCUUUAUCCUACCGUUCUUGAGUGGGCGCGAGAUUGAGAGUCACGUCCCAAAAUUUGAUUUUUCACUUGCAGGUGUUACAUCUAUGAGUUUAGACACGCAUAAGUACGGCUACGCACAAAAAGGUUCAUCGGUGGUGCUGUAUUCAACAUCUGUAUUGCGUCAGUUUCAGUAUACUUCAGUUGCUGACUGGACAGGAGGUCUCUACAUUUCUCCAACCCCUGCUGGUUCACGGUCUGGAGGUUUAAUUGCACAGACGUGGGCUGCCAUGUUACAUAUGGGGCGCGAAGGAUAUUCAAGAGUAGCACACGAAAUAAUUGAGAGUGCGAUUAAGCUCCGUAAAGCGGUGGCAGAUACGGACGGUUUGGAGCUGAUUGGGCGACACGCAACCAUGGUAGUUGCGUGGCGUACAACUGAUCGAACAAACAACGUUUAUGUGCUCAAUGAUAUAUUAUCUUCAAAAGGUUGGAGACUUGCUGUUUUACAGAAUCCAAGCGCACUUCACUUUUGUAUAACUCCAGCGAAUAUUUCGUCUGUUGAUGCUUUGAUUGAUGAUCUGAAACAAGCUGUUCAAACAUCACGGACCCUUGAUAAGAUUCCCGGAGGCAAGGCGCCUAUAUAUGGACUUGCUCACGGCUUGCCGGAUAGAGGAGUAGUGAAAGAGCUCCUUCGAGAUAUACAAGAUUUAAUGCUACAAAAUGUAUGA